GUUCAGUAUCAUGUAAGUAUUGUCCAUCUAUCUGGUCUUCUAUCUUCCGUGAACUAAAUUGCAGACCAUGGAUAUCUCUCUUGAGGAUUUUUGUGCCGAUAAAUCUUACCGGGUUCUCGAGCUCAUCGGAGAGGGAGCAUACGGUAUCGUCUGUUCAGCAAUACAUCAUCCUUCCCAACGCAAAGUAGCCAUAAAACGCAUAGCACCAUUCGAUCAUUCCAUGUUUUGCCUUCGAACAUUGCGCGAGAUAAAGCUCCUUCGUCACUUCCGUCACGAGAAUAUCAUUUCCAUCCUCGAUAUCCUCCAACCUCCAAGUUUCGAUCAAUUCAGAGAGGUAUACCUCGUUCAGGAACUCAUGGAAACCGACCUACAUCGCGUCAUACGUACACAGCAACUGAGUGACGACCAUUGUCAGUAUUUCAUUUAUCAGGCAUUACGUGCCUUGAAAGCACUGCACUCCGCAGAUGUUCUCCACCGAGACCUGAAACCUUCCAAUUUGUUAUUGAAUGCCAAUUGCGACCUCAAGGUAUGCGACUUUGGUCUGGCUCGUUCAGCCCGACCGCCGCCAAAUGUUGCUAAUGAUAGUAGCACUUUCAUGACCGAGUAUGUCGCGACUAGAUGGUACCGUGCACCUGAGGUCAUGCUUACCUUCAAAGAAUAUACUCGUGCGAUUGACAUGUGGAGCGUCGGCUGUGUCCUCGCAGAAAUGCUUAGCGGGAAACCUCUAUUUCCCGGACGUGAUUAUCACGACCAGCUAUCAAUUAUAUUAGACGUCCUUGGCACACCCUCCAUCGAUGACUUCUAUGCCAUCUCUUCCCAGCGAUCAAGAGAAUACAUCCGUGCACUGCCGUUCCGCAAGAGCAAACCAUUUUCCCAGCUGUUCCCAGCCGCCAACCCUCUUGCAAUAGAUUUCCUAGAGAAAUGCCUAACAUUCAGCCCAAGACGACGAAUAACUGUCGUCGAGGCUUUACAACACCCUUACUUCGAACCUUACCAUGACCCUGAUGACGAGCCCGUAGCCGACCCAAUUGACCCCUCAUUCUUCAACUUCGACAACGGCGAGGCUCUAGAAAAAGAGGAUCUCAAAGUACUUAUUUACAAGGAAAUCACAAACGCGCAAGCAUCCCAGCCAUCACUCUUGUUGGCUAAAGAUGCCUAAAUGUAUUCGAUAUUGAUACCCUCUAGUGUAGCGUCGUAUUCAACGGACCUGAUGUAUGUGGCACAAUAUCACAUGGAUGUAGCAAGAAAUUCGAAGGCUUGACAUGGGAGCUGCUAUUCAGGCAUCUGGAGUGCUACGCAUGGCAGUGAGUAUGUGGAGUGGACA